ACAAGACUCACGUUGCCCAACUGUGUCAAGCGCACCGGAAUCCUAGGCGAUUUAGUUUGGUGACAGCGUCCUAAUUAAACAUUGUUUCAAUACGACCAGAGACUCAAAUCACGGGAAAACUUACCGAAGUGGCGACACGCGUGCUCUGGAAAAGAUACAGCGCUUAAGACAGUCCUGCAUUUGCAGCAUUCCGCACGGAUGGAAGGACCUGUUUAGCGUCUCCAAAUGGAACCCAUUCCGACUGCUGACCAAAUGAAGACCUCUGCUGACCAGUGUGAUUGGAUCCAUUCCCACUGAUGUGUGACCAAAGCCAAGAGAUGCUCGGCGGGGACAACGGCCCAGAUGGGGAGGAGCCUGCUUUAACAGGAGAAGAGGGUUUGCAGGACAGAGGCACUCAAUCUGAAUGUGUCCGGGGGGAGGACAACGGAGGGUCGGGUGGAGACGUGGGGCAGGAAGAUGAGGAGAUGACAAGUGGAUCGCACAACCUCUCCUCAGACAAUCACAGCCCUGGUAGCGCCACAGGAUCCACCUCCACAAAGAGCAGUGUGAAUGCAGAUGGCGGCAAAGGUCACACCCACAAACAGGUGAUGAACACAGUGGCUGAGAUGAAGAAAAGGCUUCCAUCCGACAAACGCAGCCGCAGCAAAGCGAGCACUGUAGAAGCCUUACAUUAUGCCCUCAAGUGUGUCAAGCAGGUGCAAGCCAACAGUGAGUAUUACAAACUGCUGAUGCGAAAUGGCCAGAAUGAGAGGAGAGAUGCCACCGUUUGCACUCCUGAAGAGUUGGAGAGAGUGACAUCUGAACACAACCUGAAGAAUACGGACUCCUUCGUGGCGGUGUUCUCCCUGUCGAGCGGCCGUGUCCUGCACGCGUCCGAGCAGGCGCCCAGCAUCCUGUGCUGCAAAAGGAAGUUUCUGGUGUCGGCCAAGUUUGUGGAGCUCCUCUUCCACCAAGAUGUGAACGUUUUCUACUCGCAUACAGCACAGCCGCAUCUACCGCCUUGGACAAACUCGCACACAGCGGGGGUUCUAUUUGACAGUGCCCAAGUCAAAUCUUUCUUCUGCAGAAUCAGGGGUGGGAAGGACCAUGAGGGUGAGAUGCGCUACAACCCUUUUCGAAUCACACCCUACCUGCUGAAAGUGCACGGAACUGGAAGCAGCGGGAAGGGGGAAGAGCCGUGCUGCUUGGCCCUGGCUGAACGCAUCAUUUCAGGAUAUGAGGCACCUCGAAUCCCCAUGGACAAGCGCAUCUUCACGACCACUCACUCACCUGGCUGUGUAUUCCUCGAAGUGGACGACAGGGCCGUGCCACUGCUAGGAUACCUCCCUCAAGAUCUGAUUGGCAUGUCGUUGCUCACUUGCAUUCACCCAGAGGACUGUCCACUAAUGCUAUCAAUGCACCGAAAGGUGUUGAAGUACGCAGGUCAGUCACCGUUUGAACACUCGCCAGUGCGUAUGCGCUGCCAGAAUGGUGACUACAUCACGUUGGACACCAGCUGGUCCAGCUUCAUCAACCCUUGGAGCCGCAAAGUGGCCUUCAUCAUCGGACGGCACAAAGUCCGAACGAGUCCACUAAAUGAGGAUGUGUUUGCUGCUCAAAUUAUAGGAGAUGUACCUGUCACCCAUGAAGCAAUUAAAGGUUUACAGGCCAAGAUCUAUAAGCUCUUCUUGCAGCCUGUCCAUAACAACGGUUCCAGCGGUUACGGCAGUCUUGGAAGUAACGGUUCUCACGAGCAUUACAUCAGCGUAGCGUCUUCCAGCGACAGCAAUGGGAAUUUGUGGGAGGACACACACAGAGAACCUAUGACUCUUCAGCAAAUCUGUGCUGACGUGAACCGAGCCAAGAAUUGGGGGAAGCAGGCAUAUUUUGAUUCCAAGAACAAAGUUGGACAUGGUAAACCAGCGCCAGCACACUUGCCUCCAGUUUUCUCCAAUCCUGAAGUUAGAGAUCCUGAUGAAAGCAGAAAGCAAACACACAUUCCCUCCUACCAGCAAAUCAACUGUGUAGACAACAUUAUUAGAUAUUUGGACGGUUGUACAGGCCCAGCCCUUAAGCGGAAAAGUGAAUCUCGUUCCCUUGGUACCUCUUCUUCUUCAUCCUCUACCUCAGAAGAUGACAAGCCUGCUGGAACCAAUGACACAACUCAAGCUACUUCUGAUGUAGUGGUGCUAGACAGCAGGGUGUCUGUGGGCCCAAGCACAGCAGCGGUGGUCGGAGCUCCUCUGACGGACAUCACCAUGUCUACUAAGGCAAUGAGUGUGGUGUCUGUCACCAGUCAGUGCUCAUACAGCAGCACAAUUGUCCAUGUGCCUCAGCCUGAAUCAGAGGUUACAGCACUGGAGGAACCAAUGGGAAGCGAGCCUACUGAUCCUGCUCCAACCCCGGUCCGCCCGGCACCGAGCCCUGCUGCUGAGGAACCAAGGUUGGUUGGUCUCACCAAAGAGGUGCUGUCGGCUCACACACAGAAAGAGGAGCAGGAGUAUGUGGACCGAUUCCGCAAUCGAAUCCUGCAGAGCCCAUACAGUUCUUACCUACAGAUGGACAACAGCUCAAUGGCUCCCUCCCAUCACAGAGGUGAAUACCCACGUCCAGUAAGUGGUGGGUUGAACCGCUCUCAAAGAGGAAAGCCCCGACCUAAGCGACCCAAACCCCAAGGCUCCCCAGACAGCUAUGCCUCCCCAACUGGACCUCAUCGUCGUGUCCCAGAGUCCUCUUGGCCCUCCUCAGAAUCCUCCCAGCUCCAAAUGGCAGCACCCUACAGUCAAGCAUCCCCUGUCCAAGCACCGUUCUUUCCCAUGAUGGCGACCCAGCCGGCCCCAGCACAACCCCCAAGACCACAACAGUUGCCGGAACCCUCUCCUAUGGCGAUGCAGCCCCCUGACCAGACCCAGUUCAGCUACAACUUCAGCUUCAUGCAGCAAACCCAGAACAUGCCAGGCAUGCAACCUAUACAGAUGGAAUCCAUCCAGAAUCUGCAGAGUAUUUCUAAUUUUCCCUGCAUGCAGCCAAUGGCUCCAGUGCAGUGUAUCAACCCCUUCAUGACACCUGUCAUGGCUGUCAUCCUUCCCAACCACCCAUCUUUCACUUCAGGUUAUCCUUCUAUUUACCCACCCUCCACUGUCUCUAUGCUGCAUCAGGCACCCAUCACCAUGGCAGGGUUCGCCCCUACUGCCCCCUUCCCACAACCUCAGUUCCAGGCGCAGCCUGUUCUUCAACCCCAGACCUUGGCUGGCCCCCUGCUGGGCUCGCCCAGACCCUGCUCUUCUGGCGGAGAGGAGGAGGAAGCUGCCGGCCCACGCGCUCUAUUCUCCAGCUCUCGCUCGAGUUCUCCUCUUCAGCUCAACUUGCUGCAGGAGGAGCUUCCCAAACUGAGUGGAGGGCAGAGCAACCAUGCUGAAAGCCUUCUUGAGCAGCGUGACAACAAGUGUGACGUCCCGAGUGACUCUGGGAACCAUGACGCUCAGUCUACAUCCAGUGAGCUGCUUGACCUGCUGCUCCAAGAAGAUGCACGGUCAGGGACAGGCUCUAACGCCUCCGGGUCUGGGUCAGGGGAGUCUGGAGGCUCACUGGGAUCAGGCUCUGGAUCUGGCUCCAAUGGCACCUCUACCUCACACACUGGCAGCAGCAACAGCAGCAAAUACUUUGCCAGCAAUGAUUCCUCAGACACUUCACACAAAGCCAGGAAAAACCAGGAAGCGCCGGCGGAGCUCCAAUGCAGCUUUGACAAUCAGGUGGAAAACUCAAUAUGGAGCAUGAUCCAGCACACGUCGGAAGGUGUCAAGAUGACCUACCAGAUCCACACAAGGGACCAGAAUGAGGUGUUGGCUGAGGACAGAGAGAAGCUGCGGGUAUUUCAGCCUCUCCAGCCUUGGUUCAGCCAGGAGCAGCAAGAGGAGCUAGCUGACGUCCAUCCCUGGAUCCAGCAGCACACAAUCCCACAAGCGAUCGACACACAGGGUUGUAUGAACUGCAACACUGGUGCAGGGGUGGCCCACUCCCCUCCACCCCCAGACCCCGAUAGCUCGUCCCCUCUGGAGAUCCUGGAGCCGGACUCCCUUGUGGACACUUGAGAAAGCUGCGGCCCCCAAACAACCAUCAACGUCAACAACUCUUACCACGCAUCUUGUCUGAUCAGGCCGGAGGACUACGUCUCUGUGCUUUAAUUGAACUUGAUUUGUAAAGAUAUCCAGGGCUGGAUGAACCCUGAGGGGAGGGAGCAAGUGCGAAAGGCAUUUGAUUGUACUGGUUUUCACUCCCAAAGUGACCCAAACUGACCGCUUUCAUCGGACCUUGACUAUUACACCUCUCCGUGUUUUCUCUUUUUAAGUGCAGGUUUAUCCUCUGGCGUCACUCCAUGCAUAUUGCAGGAGGACCCCAUGGUCGCCACCCCCUGGAUCAUGAACACUGGGCACACAAGUGACCGGACAAAAGGCCAGAUUCAAAGCAUCAGAACACACAAUGGAGUACAGGUUGGACCACCUCAUCAUGAGGGUUUUUUUUUUGGAAACGGGUCUCACUGUUGACGCCCCUGAUCAUGGCAUGGACACCAUCUUGGAUGGAGACAUUGGUGGCCCAGUUUGUGUAUCCAAACACAAACAUUCAAGGACCCGGAGUACCGUUUGUACAGUACAUGUACCACAAGAAUUAUUUUUCAGUAACUCAAAGACACACGUGCUGAUUUCUGUUAAUAACGCUCUUCAUCUUUUUGGUUCAAUUGCUGCCGGAGUUUCAUCUCAGGUGUUCACAGGUUGAUUGUCUCUGGUCGAGUACCUCUUUGUCAUGUCUUUUGGACUCACAAAAACGGGGAUCAUUUAAAGGAGGUGUAAUCUCUCUCGAAUCCCGCCUCAUCCAGGUUCUUUUACUCACUCACACAUGAAGUUCCUUCUCUGGUGAUGAAUGGGCUGGUCCAAAUGUUGUGCUGUUAGCGAAGGCGGUUGGUGCGAGCUAGCGCAGGACUGCUGCUUCCUUUCAUGCGGUAGACAUGGUUUUUCAUAUAUACAGUACAGGCCAAAAGUUUGGACACACCUUCUCAUUUCAAUGCGUUGUCUUUAUUUUCAUGACUAUUUACAUUGUGGAUGGUCACUGAUUGCAUCAAAACUAUGACACCUGUAAAGUGAAAACCAUUUCAGGCUACCUCUUGAAGCUCAUCAAGAGAAUGCCAAGAGUGUGCAAAACAGUAAUCAGAGCAAAGGGUGGUUAUUUUGAAGAAACUAGAACAUAAAACAUGUUUUCAGUUAUUACAUAACUCCACAUGUGUUCAUUCAUGUGUUUUGAUGCCUUCAGUGACAAUCUACAAUGUAAAUAGUCAGGAAAAUAAAGAAAACUAAUUGAAUAAGAAGUUGUCUAAACUUUUGGCCUGUGUGUGUGUGUGUCUGUGUGUGUGUGUGUGUGUAUAUAUAUAUA